AUGUCGGAUGGUGGCAGCAGGUCGCGAAUAGUGGGUGGAGAGCAAGCGCCCCCUGGGUACGCACCUCAUAUGGCCGCCCUAGUUCGGGGUUACAUCAUCAAAAGCUUGAUUUGCGGUGGUUCCAUAGUCUCCAAACGGCACAUACUUACCGCCGCCCAUUGCAUAGACCCGAUUGUCAUAUGGGGUGAUAAGUUGCAUCCAUCCUUUCACGCGGUUGUAGGCUCAACUAGGUGGGAGUCUGGCACCAUCGUCAGAUUCAGCCAUUAUGUUAACCACCCGGAAUGGGACUGGGCUACUAUCAAAAACGACAUCGGAGUUUUAUAUCUCACCAAGGAGUUGGAGUUCAGCAGUAAAGUGGCCGUCAUAGCUUUGAGCUUUAAAUGGACAGAUGACGGCGAGAAGAGCUACGUGACAGGUUGGGGCAGACUUGGGAAUUGGUAUCCAGUUCCCGAUUACCUGCAGCUGCUUUACCUAGAGACCAUUUCUGCCAAGGAGUGUGUUGAGGGUAUACGCGAGGCUUCCACGUGGUGGGGCUACGAACCUCGUUUUGACUCUAAAAUAGAGAUAUGCACUUUCCAUUCGCCGGGACACGGCAUGUGCAACGGAGAUUCUGGCAGUGCGUUGGUUUCCCGGAAGACAGGACAUCAGAUCGGGAUCGUGUCGUGGGGCUUCCCAUGCGCCCUUGGCGCUCCCGACGUGUUCGUCAGAAUAAGCGGCUUCAAAAAAUUCCUGCUCCAAAACUUGGGGACGAAUAUGAGUUACAUUGAA